GUCACAGUUGUCAGUCAGCCGAAAAUCGGCGGCAGUGACGGACGUGUAUUUUGUAUGUGUUCAUGUGCAUGUUUCUCUGUCGUGUUGCAGAAUGCACGUGACUUAUAAAAAAAAGCAGAAAAAAGUGCAGCGUAUAGCAAGUGGUACGAGCAACGUCACAGUGAUGUACAGUAUUGGAAUUGUAUACUACGUUGCUUUGUUGCUGCUUGCUGUAGUAACAAGCACGAAUUCGACAAAAUGUUCCCGAAUUAUAGAGGGUACCACUAUGUCGCGCAGCAACGCCAAAGACAAAUACAACUUUUUUAUGACACUUUUCAACAGGACCGAACAUAUAUAUGCAUAUAUGCCAAAUACCAAAUAUAAUGUGGUCCUACAGAUCGAUAACUCCAAUGAGGCACACCGGAAGUUCACGAGAUUCCUCAUAUCCGCUGAGGCCGACAGUGCAAAUGAGACGGCCGAUGCCGGCAUUUUCGAUCUACAAGAUGAUACAUUGACAAAAUUUGCGGAUAAUUGUGCGAACGCGGUCGUUGAAACAUCAAAAGUAUCAAAGGAAGAAAUAUCGGUUAUUUGGACAAGUCCUGCCGAAGGUAGCGGUUGCAUUCUAAUCAGAGCGACGGUGGUGGAAACUCUAGAUACAUGGUACAUGGAUGACUCAAACUUAGUACUUACUAUGUGCCAAGAUUCAAAAGCGGAAGCCGAUCGUGAGGAUCCGGUCUUAGAUCAAUGUGGCGCCUGUGACGAGGCAAAGUACGAAGUCACCUUUGAAGGAUUGUGGUCGCGAAAUACCCAUCCCAAAGACUUUCCGAGUAAAAAUUGGUUGAUUCGCUUUUCGGAUUUAAUUGGAGCAUCACAUACCAACGAUUAUAGAUUUUGGCAAUAUAGUAGCAAUGGCAUGCCACAUGCACACGCAUCAUACAUGGCUAGUAUCGGAUUGCGGCAAGUGGCUGAGAUUGGAGGAACACGAAAACUAGAGUCCGAAUUGAAGGACCGGAGUGAACACAUUAGGACUAUAAUAAAAGCAAGAGGAAUAAGUUAUCCCAAUGUGACGGGUAAAACUUUUGCUGUUUUUCGUGUGGAUCGCAAACAUCAUUUAAUUUCUUUGGUUUCAAAGAUCGAUCCUUCGCCGGAUUGGAUUGUUGGUGUUUCUGGUCUCGAAUUAUGCUUGCCUAAUGGUUCUUGGACACUUCAUAAGGAACUUAAUUUGUAUCCAUAUGAUGCUGGCACCGAUGAUGGUAUUACAUAUUUAUCGCCAGAUUCACCGACGGAACCACAGGAACCAAUUCGACGUAUCACGUCGACAUAUCCAGACGACUCAAGAUCACCCUUUUACGAUCAGUCUGGUUUAGAUAUGAAACCCCUUGCAAAGCUCUACUUGAACAGACAGAGAUUGUAUGAGAAAACCUGCGACGACGCCAGUGAUAGUCUAGCUGAUGCAGAAGCUUGCAAAACAACAUCUUGGGGUGAAUGGAGCCCGUGUUCAGUCACUUGUGGCAGAGGCACUCAACUAAAGCAACGUCGUUUUCGCGAUGAAGCUGCUGCUGCCGCAAAUAAAUGUGACACAUCUCUUACGGAUCGAAGACCAUGCUAUAACGCAGAAAGCCCGUACUGCACCGGUAAUGGUCGUCACGAUGGUCUAUUAGACAGCGAAAAGUGCGAGCUGACCCCGUGGAGUUCAUGGAGCUCGUGCUCGUCUACCUGUGGCGAGGGCAGCAAAACGCGAUCAAGGAACUUCCGGCAUAAGAAGCAUCGGAAGCAAUGCAAGGCCGUGCCGAACGGGCCACGAUUACAGGAGUCGAUCGAUUGCGAGAAUGAACCUUGCGAAAGCGAAGACAUGGAAGAGGUAAGGCAACGAUUCAAUCACUUGAACGGCGAUGAUGAGGAUGAGGACUAUGCCGGUGAGAGAGCAGACGGGACCGGAGAGAUAAUCGAGGAAUGGCUGCAGAUCCAUCCACGGCACUGGCAUUCUCACAAAUGUCCUGCGGAUCGUUAUACCGAAUGGUCAAUAUGGUCACCAUGCAGUUCUAGCUGCGGGCCCGGUGUCAAAUUGCGAUCUAGACUGCACAAGGGCAUGUACAGCGGUUUAAAUAAAGACGACGGUGACAGCCAUGAGGAAUGCAAGGUCCAGCAGGCGUCAUGCGUAGCUGAAAUUCCGAGCUGCGACUUCUCGAGAGAUGAAGCAGAGAAGAUCUGUAGCGAACCCAUGCAAAAGGGACGUUGUAAUUCAAACAUAUUACGAGCCUAUUUUGACAAACAAACCGGUCGCUGCCAUUUAUUCAGCUACUCCGGAUGCGAUGGUAAUCGGAAUAAUUUCCCAACUGAACAGGAUUGCAAUAAUGUCUGCGGUAAUUUUCAAAGAGAAUUGAAGGCGAAUCUAUCAGCAAUCAUGAAAAAUCUUAAGGUGUCCCUUAGCAGCGUUCUCAGCUAUCAUAUUCCCGUGCAGGAGCAGCGUAGUGCAAAAGCGAAGAGAGCUCACGUAAAGGAGGAUUUUAAAGGCAUUCAAACAAGCAGUCAAAUAAUGGAAUCGAGUGAGAACAAUAAAGUGGAUUGUCAGGUCUCUGAAUGGAGUAAAUGGUCGCGUUGCGAAAGCUGUCGUGGAUACAGUAUCAGCACUAGGGGAACGAUUCCAGCCCAAGGUGGGGGUAAAGACUGUCCGAAAAAGCUUAUCCGGAAAAAGAAAUGCCAUAAGAUUCCCCCAUGCUCUCUACAAGGUGACGGAAUAGGUCGUCGAUUUCAUCGAGACAAAAAUUCUGCAGUCAAGGAUGAGAUUUCAGUAAAUUGUAAAGUGACACCAUGGUCAACGUGGUCGAAAUGCAGUGCGACCUGCGGCGAGGCAUUGCGAACUAGGGUAAGAAGUGUGACGGUGCAACCGCGCGGAUCCUGGGCUAAACUCUGUCCGGCUUUGGCGGAAUUUAAGAAGUGCCACAGAGUAGAUUGUCCGCAGUAACAAACCUGCGUGUUUGCGUUCUAUCACUAUUCUAUAUAUCGAUAAGCAUAUUAUGAUUAUGAUUUGCACGGUGCGCCUGUUUUGAAUGUUGGAAUUAAGGAUAACUUCCUCAUUAGACUGAUUACUAGUGCAAUACACCCUCUCUUUUAAAUAUAAUAAUGUAAUUAAAAUUUCCGAGUGUAUGCACGAAGGAUAGAAAUAUAGAUCUGUAGCGAAAUUAUCAGAGAAUGAGGAAUAACACACUGGACGACAGCAAUAUUAUAUCUUACAAAAGUUCGUACAUUUUAAUAACGAAAGCAACAGAACAGUUAAUAAAAAAAACAACAGAUAAAAUGACAGUCGUAUUCGAUAUUAAAAUUAUGAAUAUUUUAGAGAUUUUAGAAGAACAUCUCAAGAUUAUCUCAAAACCUAUUCUCAACUGCGUUUAUGACUUAUGUAUUAAUAAGUAAUUAUUCCAUGAAAAAUUAAUUAAAAAAUUGAAUUUUUUUU